AUGGUCGCCGGCGGGGUCCAAUAUGGAUGGGCCCUACAGCUUUCUCUCCUUACUCCUUAUGUCCAGACACUUGGUCUAUCGCAUACCAUGUCUUCUCUCAUGUGGCUUUGUGGCCCCCUAGCAGGAUUUAUUGUUCAGCCUUGUGUUGGUUUGUAUAGUGAUAAAUGUCGGUCAAAUUUGGGAAGGAGGAGGCCGUUCAUAAUAGCUGGAUGUCUUCUUAUUUGUGUAGCGGUUGUUAUAAUUGGUUUUUCUUCCGAUAUUGGCUAUGCCUUGGGCGACACAAAAGAGGAUUGCAGCGUUUAUCACGGUGCUCGGUGGAAAGCAGCACUUACAUUUGUUGGUGGGUUUUGGGUGUUGGACUUUGCAAACAAUGCAGUACAGGGCCCAGCUAGAGCUUUGAUGGCUGAUCUCUCAGGCCGUUUUGGAUGCAAUGCAGCAAAUGCAAUAUUUGCAACUUGGAUGGCUAUUGGCAAUAUCCUUGGAUAUUCUUCAGGUUCAACCGGUGAAUGGCACAACUGGUUUCCUUUCCUCAGGACGAGAGCAUGUUGUGAUGCGUGUGCAAAUUUGAAGGGAGCGUUCUUGGCAGCGGUGAUAUUUCUCCUCAUAAGCAUGACGGUGACGAUAAUCCUCGCGAAAGAAGUGCCUCUACGCAGCACUCCUGGAAAAGGUGAAGAUCAGGCUGCAAAAUUCCUUGAUAUUUUCAAAAGUAUGAAAAACCUGCCUCCGGGAAUGCCUACGGUUCUUCUGAUCACGUCUCUCACUUGGUUGUCAUGGUUCCCUUUCAUCCUGUUUGACACUGACUGGAUGGGCCGUGAAGUCUUCCAUGGGGAUCCAAAGGGAACUCAGGCUCAGAUUGAUGCGUUUGAUAGAGGGGUUAGAUCGGGUGCAUUUGGUUUGCUAUUGAACGCGAUUGUUCUUUGUGUCGGUUCUUUCCUGGUCACACCCUUGUGUCAAAAACUCACCCCGAGAAUCGUGUGGGUGAUGAGCAACUUCAUGGUAUGCGUCGCGAUGAUUGCAACGACGAUCAUCAGCGAGUGGUCGUUGGAUAAAUAUCACGGUGGACGAGAUAGCCCAUUUAUUGGACCAGAUGGAAAUGUGAAAGCAGUGGCUUUGUUUGUCUUUGCAGCUCUCGGUUUCCCCAUGGCUGUUUUAUUUAGUGUUCCUUUUGCAGUGACAGCCUCAUUAGCUGCUAACCAAGGAGGUGGCCAAGGAUUGUGUACUGGAGUUUUAAACAUCUCAAUUGUGAUUCCCCAGAUUGUUGUGGCUCUCGGUGCAGGCCCAUGGGACAAAGUCUUUGAUAAGGGAAACACCCCGGCAUUUGCUCUCGCAGCUGCCAUCGCCUUUCUGAGCGGGGUUUUGGGACUUUUCAUGCUUCCCAAGCUUUCAAAAUCCGACUUCAAGUCUGUCGGCGUUGGGGGCGGGCACUGAUAUCUGGUCAAUAAUUUGAUGAAACAAUUUGAAUUCCUUGUCAAAGUUCUUUUACUUUCGUCUGGAUUAAGAGAGGUUGUUACUAGCAUAUACUUAGUUCACGGAGAUCAAGAAUAAUGUAAAGACUGCAUAUUAUGGAGGGUAUUGUAUCCUGUAGAGCCAAUUACACAUCGAGUCUUUACAUGUAGGAGUUUCGUAUUUUUCUUUUAAUAAUGUAUCUCGUCGAGAUUUUGGAA